UCAGAUCUUGGGCUGGGAAUGGGUUUCGGUCAUGUUGGAGGUGCCUCUGCUGCAAGCUUAGGUCUUGGGGUAUCGAGAGGUGGCGGUUCCAUGGUGAAUGUCACCCCGGGUUCUUUAAGCGGUUCGUCCACGCUUGCCCCUCUGCUUUCGCGUGCGGACGAGAAGAGCACCCUGGCAAAAUUAAACGGGCGAUUCUCCGGUUUUGUGUCUAGAGUGCGUGAGCUUCAGAAAGAAAACGUUGCUCUGGAGGCGCGCCUCGCAGAGCUCACCGGGAGCUCGGACGCAUCCACGGUGACGGUCUCCGCGAUCGAACAAGAAACCCAGCUGCAGGAGUACCGCAACGACAUUGCAACCAUCUCCCUGGACACAGUCAAGCUGGAGAUCGAAUUGGAUGGCAUUCGUGGUGUUGCACAUGAACUAAAGGCCAAAUAUGAUUUCGAGCAAGGUGUGAAAUGUCAGUUGGAGGCUGAUAUCGCUGCCAUGAGAAAGGACAUUAAGGUAGCCUCUGAACUUCAUGAGGAGUUAGAUGCUCAGCGAUCCAGCCUGAAGGAUGAGUUGGACUCCAUCACCACAGUGCAAGAGGAGGAGAUAGCCAGUUUUGAAUCCAAAAUGGGAAGAUCCUUUGACACAUCCGUGUCCAUGAUUGAGGUGGACACAGGGAAAUCCUUUGACAUCACUGUGGCGCUGAGCAAGAUCCGUGGCGAAUAUGAGGCAACAGUGCAGAAACACAGAGAGGAGGCUGACGCAUACUACAAACUCAAGAUGGAGGAGGUCCAGGCGGUAAAGGAGAGUACUUCUGACGAGCUCUCCUCCACUAAGCAGGAGCUCACUACCUCCAAGAAAGAGCUGCAUACCCUAAAACUGGAGCUGGAGAAUCUCUUUAAUAAAACAGUGACCCUGGACCACCGCCUCAGUGAGGCGCAGGCCCAGUCAGGCUCUGCCGUGGCUGGGUAUGACGCCCAGAUCCAGGGGCUGGAGGCCACCAUUGAAGCAACCAAAGCGGACCUCCUCAAGCAGCUCCUCAAAUACCAGGAGCUGCUGGACAUCAAGAUAGCCCUGGACGCUGAGAUCCAGAGUUACAGGCUUCUGUUGGACGGGAGUGAUGACAGCGCGUUUGCCGUGCCGCUGAGUGACGCCUCCUCCCUGAACCUGUCCAAAUCCCCCGCCGCCUCCGUCAGGAGUUCCUCUCCCUCCAGCGCCACCCAAGACCUCCUCUCUCUGGAGCAGAGCACAGAGGAAGUGGAUCAAGUCAUCAUCCACAUACUCCUACUCAGGUGA